AUGAGCGUAGUUGGAUUUGAUCUUGGGAAUGAGAGUUGUGUUGUGGAAGUUGCCAGACAAAGGGGAAUUGAUGUUGUUCUUAAUGAUGAGUCAAAACUUGAGACUCCUGCUCUUGUGUGUUUUGGUGAUAAACAGCGUUUUCUUGGAACAGUUGGUGCUGCAACCAGUAUGAUGAACCCAAAAAACACCAUUUCCCAAAUUAAGUGGUUAAUAGGGCGUCCUUUUUCUGAUCCUGAAUUGCAACAAGAUCUCAAGGCUUUGCCUUUUUCAGUUACUGAGGGACCCGAUGGUUUCCCAUUGAUCAAUGCAAGGUAUCUUGGGGAAACAAAGUCAUUCACCCCAACACAAGUUAUGGGAAUGGUUUUCUCAAACAUGAAGACAAUAGCUGAAAAGAAUUUGAAUGCAGCAGUUGUGGAUUGCUGUAUUGGGGUACCUAUCUACUUCACUGGUCUUCAAAGAAGAGCUGUAAUGGAUGCAACUACUAUUGCCGGUUUGCAUCCUCUACGGUUGAUGCAUGAGACAACAGUCACUGCUUUAGCUUAUGGAAUAUACAAAACUGACUUACCUGAAAAUGAGCAGCUCAAUGUAGCCUUCAUUGACAUUGGACAUGCUAGCAUGCAGGUAUGCAGUAUGCACCUGUUCGUAGCGAUUAAGUUUGUUGGUGAGCUGAAGUUGUCAGAGCCAACUGAUGUAAUUCUCCUAGAGAUUACAAGAAUUGAGAUGCUUGCGGUUACUGGAAUUCCUAAAAUAGAGAAGCUAGAAAUUGAAGGGAAAGCUUUCCAUACAAACUUAUAUGCAGUUCGUUGUAAUUAUAGUGGAGGAAAAGAGGAUGAAACAGAAAGGAUCAUCAAACAUAUGAUCAACCUAUUUGGGCUAGUAUUAUCUGUGGCUCCUUCUCCUGCUCAUGCUCUUCCCCCAUCAUUUUCUUCCAUUAUGCAAAGAUUUAAAUCUUACUAG